CUGUGCUAUUUUGGAGCAUGCUUCCGGUGUUUUCAGGAGAUCGAAAACGAGAAGGGGGAGAGACCUAGCGUCCGGAAACCCUCGUAAGUCAAUCUCAGGUGCAAGAUGAGGGGUCUUGUUGCAUGUCGUCUUUGCUCUCCUCUUUUUAAAGACAUCCAGUCGUUAUUUGUUACUCAGAUGAAGAAGCAGUCUUCAAGUUCUAAGGUGAAUGAAUUGAAAAGUAAUUAUUUAGAAAAACUUCAAGAGAAGGGGUUAGGCCAGCCUUCAGCAUCCUAUGUGUUGAAAAGAAGAUAUCCAAUGAGGCUUGUUAAAAAAGGAUCUGUGCCAUUUUUCAAGAAGAAGAAUUAUGUCUAUGAAGAAGUUGACAAAAAAAAAAUGGAAAAAAAUAUGGGAAAAGAUGCAAAGACAGCUCCUGUUAUGGAGAAGGAACCUCCAAUGCCAGUUAUACUGACUCGGGAUGUAUUAGGCCUAGGCGUUAAAGGGGAUUUAGUGUUCAUGAAAAAGAACAUGGCAAGACUGUAUUUGCUUCCUGUAGGAAUUGCAGUCUACAGUACACCUGAAAAUAGGGCAUUGUACCCUGUACAGACUGAACCAGAACCAGAUCCUGAAGCAGAAAUGUUAAGAUUUAAAACCUUAUCUACAGAAAAGAUGACUGAAUUUUUGAGAAAGAUGAACUUAUAUAUUCCCAUGAGUGCACACAAUGACUGGACUUUAACCACAAAACAUGUACGCAUAGCCUUCCGUUGGCAUAGUGUUGUUGUACCAGAAGAAAACAUCCAACUCCCAGCAGUGGCAAUUACAGGGCCCAAUACUGAACUUCAACCAUUUGACAUUGCAGUUAAGGUUAAAGAGGACAUUAUUGUUAAUGUGAGAUCUUUUAUUCAACCGUGGUAUAAUGACAAGGAAGAAUAUUCCCAAGAAAUAGAGGCCAUAAAAGAACUGAAGCAGAAGUAUCCACCAUACCUGAAAGCAUCACCUGAGGUGAUGGAGUUACAGAGGGAGAGGCAAGAAAAGGACCACACAUUUCGACAUCUGUUACAUUGUAGCCCAAGUAUUUUUGUCAAGGAGGCAUGUGAAUUAGCUUUGAAGAAGCAUUUUGCCGAACUUCAAGGAAAAGAUUUUAAAGAAGAACCAUCAUUUAAAUUCAAGAUAUUCUUGGAAAGGAAAGAUCAUCCAAAGUGGAGAAAGGUUGUGAUGAGCAAAGUGAUGAACUUACCAGCUGAAAGUUUAUAAUGAGUUUAUUUUCAUAAUGUCGAGAGAUUAUUUUAAGUGACUUUUUUGAAAUAAUCAAACAUCAUGUCAAUUAGUACUUUUUGAAACAUUAAUUUGAUUAUCAAAAGAAGAAUAAACAUAACCAAAGUUAUGGUGUUAGAAGCUUGAGGCUCACUGCUUUAUUUUUGUGCACGAUUUUUUAAAGGGAAAACAUUUACUUGGAAAUAAAAUAUUCUCAUACCAGUUCUUCAAAAAGUUCAAAAAUACAGAUUUUACAUUAUGAUGUAAUUUAUUCUGAAAUAGAUCACUGACAUAUUAA